AAAGUAGUAAAAAAAAGUCUUGCCCUUUUCUCUGCCGCCACUCUCUUCUCUGCUUCACUCCCCACGCCCCUGCUUACUUCAACACCAACAAGAGUGAGACCGGAUUCGGGUUUCUGGAGAUGGCAGCUUUCCGUCUUCUUGUUUUACCAAUUGAUGAAAAAACUGAUCAGACUGCUGGGUCUAAUGCCAAUAAAUGCGAGACCCAAUUGGGGACUGCCCUGCUUUUGGGGCUCUUUCUGUCUUCACAUUUACUUCCCGAGCUCUCCCCUGGCUUCUGACGACUGGCCCAAAAAUCUCAUCAAUCCCAUUCUUCUUCUUCUCUUUCUCAUUUAAAGCUUCGGCCUUUAAUGAUUCUUAUACACCUCCAUUGCUUUAUCAGUCACUGUGGUAGUGUUCUCUCAAAGCUGGCUGGCUCACUCUUUUUCCCCUCUGAUUCUGGUUUUAGUGCUCUCUCUGGAGAUGGGGAGAAGUCCUUGCUGCAACAAAGAUGGAGUGAAGAAAGGAGCUUGGAGCACUGAAGAAGACCAAAUUCUGUUUGAUUACAUCAACAAGCAUGGCCAUGGAAGCUGGCGUACCCUUCCUAAGAAUGCAGGUCUCCUUCGAUGGGGAAAGAGUUGUCGACUGAGGUGGACAAACUACCUUCGCCCCGACAUCAAAAGAGGCCCUUUCACCCCUGAUGAAGAAGCCACCAUUGUUAAGCUUCAAGGCACGCUUGGUAACAAGUGGGCAGCCAUAGCAUCCCAAAUGCCAGGAAGAACAGACAACGAGAUCAAGAACUUCUGGAACACGCACCUCAAGAAACGCCUCUCAACUCCACUUCCACUUCCUCUACCAAACACCAACAUCAAGAUAGAGGGGGAUUCAUCUUCCCCUCUAUCCACUACUACUCGACACAUGGCGCAAUGGGAGAGCACGAGGGUGGAAGCCGAGGCUCGCCUUCCAUCCUCGCGACCAGGAAAACAACAACAACAACAACAACAUAAGUUCAACCAGGACUACUAUCUCAAACUAUGGAACUCGGACAUUGGCAAAUCGUUUCGAGACAUCAACAAGGUUCAGAAAGAUGGCAGGGGAGGAGGAGGUGGCUGCGAGAGCUCGACUUCACAAGCAUCUUCCCUCACGAAAUUGGGGUCCGGAUCUGUCGACGAUGACACCCUCGCUACUACUACUACUACUACGACGACGAAGACUUGUAGUGCUGCAGCAGCCAUCGUCAAGAGAAGCGAUUCUAGCGAGGCGAUCCACCACCAGCACAAGGUCGAGGGAGGGUUGUGCUACUACUACGAGGGAAUCGGGGAGGAGACUAAACCGUGUCGUCUAGAUGUGAUGAUGAUGAUGAUGAUGAGCAGCUCGGAUUCCAUCACUUCGACGACGAACGAGUUCACGAAUUACUCCGACACGGCGCUGAAGCAGCUGCUGGAUAUCCCUGGUGGGAGUGGUAUGGAUUUCCUGGAGGACGAGAGCGAUGACUUCAUUAACUUCCUGGACCUCAGAUGUGUCUGAUAAAAAAAGCUCACAUCUAAUCAACCCAAAGUCUCUUUUUGUUAGACCUUAUUAAGCUAGCGGUUUAGGUUCUUAGCUGUGGUUUAACCAUGAAUCGGGCUACCCCCGCCACAUUUGAUCUCUGAGAAGACAGGAGCAGCGGAAAUGGGAAAGCUGUUGGGGUGUGAAGAAAACAGAGCAUCCCUGUUGUGUUCCAAACACAAUGUCUGUCUUCUCUUUUUUUGGUUUUUUCUCAUUUUGUUGUAAAAUGUUGAAAAUGUGGUCGAAAGGUUUGGAUCUUUUGUGUUUGGUUUUGGGGGUUAUCGAGUAAUUGAGAUCCAGAAUACAUAUUCCCAAAGUUAGUAAUACUCGAUUUAAUAUGAGUGUUUAAUAUGCAUAUAGAUGAAUGUAUUUCAUGAGUUUGGAAUGUUCGUAAAGCAGGACGAAUGAUAUUGAUUGCAC